GUUUUACAGCACAGUAAGUCAGGGUGGUGUAUUUGUAACGUUGUGUCAUGCUGCCGUGCUCCAGUUAUUAAGCGCUACAGAUGCCUGGUGGAAGAGAGUUUGACUGGGAGCAGCAUGAGGAUGAGUUACCUCAGGAGUGGAUGGAGGACCAUAGCAAGGCUGGAGGCAAUGACUGGCUUCCAACAAGGAAAGAGGUAACCAGUUUGGGGGAAUACAGGCACCUACCUCUGGGUGAAGGCAGUGACACCUCAGAGCCCUCGGCCCUGGACACCGCGCAGCUCAUCCCACUGAUGGAGACCAAGUUGUACAAGCGGCGAUGGGUCAUGCUGUCCAUCUUCAGCCUUUAUUCCAUGAGCAACGCCUUCAUGUGGCUACAGUACAGCAUCAUCAGCGACAUCUUCAUGCGCUUCUACAACAUCGGCACCCUGGCCAUCGACUGGCUCUCCAUGAUCUACUUCCUCACCUACAUCCCCCUCAUCCUGCCUGUCAUGUGGCUGCUUGACAAACGGGGCCUCAGGGACGUCUUGAUGGUGGGCGCAGCCUUCAACUGCAUUGGUGCCUGGAUCAAGACCGGCACGGCUGACCCCAACAUGUUUACCUUGACCUUCGUUGGCCAGUUUGUGUGUUCGGUGGGCACUGUUUUUAUCCUGGGCAUACCCUCUAGGCUCGCGUCCCUGUGGUUUGGGCAGCAGGAAGUCUCCACCGCCUGUUCCAUCGGCGUUCUGGGAAACCAGAUGGGUAUCGCCAUUGGGUUCCUGCUCCCACCCAUCCUGGUGCCGAAUGUGGACGAUAUGGAUGAGCUGGCGCACCACAUCAGAGUCAUGUUCUACAUCAGCGCAGGAGUGGCUACCUUCAUCUUCAUCCUCGUGGUCAUUGUUUUUCAGGAGAAACCAGAGAUCCCUCCUAGCCAGGCCCAGGCUCAGGCCAGGAGCAUCCCCCCCGAGGAGUACUCGUACACAGCUUCCAUCUUGAGGCUGCUGCGCAACAAGCCCUUCAUGCUCCUGGUGGUCAGCUACGGGCUGAACGUUGGUUGCUUCUAUUCUAUUUCCACACUGUUGAAUCGGAUGAUCAUUGACCAUUAUCCCGGUGAAGAGGUGAAUGCUGGGAGAAUUGGUCUUACUAUUGUCAUCGCUGGCAUGGCGGGGUCACUCAUAUGUGGCAUUUGGUUGGACAAGACCAAAACAUACAAACAAACCACCUUGGCCGUGUAUCUCCUCUCUCUGAUUGGCAUGCUGGUCUACACCUUCACCCUCAACCUGGGGCACCUGUGGUUGGUGUUUAUCACAGCUGGAGUUUUAGGCUUCUUCAUGACAGGAUAUCUGCCUCUGGGCUUUGAGUUUGCAGUUGAGCUCACCUUUCCGGAAUCAGAGGGAACCUCAUCUGGGCUUCUUAACUGCUCAGCUCAGAUCUUUGGAAUCAUUUUCACCAUCUCCCAGGGGAAGAUUAUUGAUAGAUGGGGCACUCUUGCGGGAAACAUCUUCCUGUGUAUCUUCCUGCUUAUAGGAGCUGUGCUGACAGGAUUCAUUAAGUCAGAUCUCCGACGGCAGAAGGCCAACCUUCAACAGAACGAGGUGCAGACAGUGAGUCCUACAGGCUCCGUGUCAUCAGCACAGGAUUACGGGGCCACAGCGUGCAGCGCCCACUGGCAUAAACCCACACUAAAAACCAAACACACCUGCCAAGAAAGCGACAGCUGAUGUAGAAGGAGCCGUCUCUUCCCCUGAAGUCCUGAAGGAGAGGAAGUUAUGAGGAGGACGGACUCUCUCAGUGACACAGUGUACAGAUCAAAAUAUAAACACUGACACUAUCAACAUGCCAAAACACACACACACACACACACCGCCACAGAGACACAAAAAAAAGGCUGCUGUGAAGAGUGAGCACACGCAGGGUGACUCACGCUGAGCAGCCCCCUGUGAGGCUUUCAAAACCAGCAGACCUGCGGUACAUCUGAUGUACUGUGACUGUGUGGACGCCACGCUCAGCACCUACCACGAGAGAUUCACACUAAUAUCCCAAGUGCAGCUAAGUUCAUCACAAACUGAGCACAAGUCCGAUCAUGCACAAAGGGAACGCACUUGGACCCUAAAUGGGUUUUACACCUCUUCACCCCCCCCCCAUCCAUCAAAUGAGCAAAUUUUAAACUGUGCGCGUUUCCUAUAUUGGACCAAUAUUGUGUGUAACUGAACUCAGUCUUUACGUCACUGAAGGCAUUCAUUUUAAUGAUAAGACACAGAUGACCAGGCUUCCUGCAACUUUUUACUAGUGAAUUUUAAGACUUUUCUAUUACGCUUUACCCCAUUUCGGUGAUUUUAUUUAAGUAGGUUAACCCUUUGAAACCUGGGCAAAAUGGCUUCAUUCUUUUUUUCCCAAAAAUAUGGUAGAAAGGCAAUGAGCAACUUAAGAAGAAAUAACAAAGAAAAUAGCAAGAAAUUAGUUAAAAGCACCAGAAAAUUACGUAAAAAUUACAGAGAAAACAACAAUCAGCCAACCAAAUAAACAAGCAA